AAAGGACUCUCUCUGUCUGGAAACACACACUGAGAUCUUUGUCGGAGGACUUCCUGCAGAAAGAUGAAGCUCUCUGUCUGCAUCGCCCUGGCUCUCAGCGCCGCCGUGUCGUCCGCUACGACCGCAACAACAGCAAACGCAACAACACACAGACCCGACAACACUGCUGACGCCAACCGGACACCCUCGCAGAGCAACACGGCAAUGACCUCGCAGAGCAACACGGCAAUGACCUCGCAGAGCAACACGGCAAUGACCUCGCAGAGCAACACGACGACACCCUCGCAGAGCAACGCGACAGUGACCUCGCAGAGCAACACGACGACACCUUUGCAGAGCAACGCGACGACGCCCUCGCAGAGCAACGCGACGACACCCUCGCAGAGCAACGCGACGACACCCUCGCAGAGCAACGCGACAAUGACCUCGCAGAGCAACGCGACAAUGACCUCGCAGAGCAACGCGACGACACCCUCGCAGAGCAACGCGACAACACCCUCGCAGAGCAACGCGACAAUGACCUCGCAGAGCAACGCGACAAUGACCUCGCAGAGCAACGCGACGACACCCUCGCAGAGCAACGCGACGACACCCUCGCAGAGCAACGCGACAAUGACCUCGCAGAGCAACCUGACGACCCCCAGCCAUCUCACGACAAACAGCUCUUCUGCGACAGCGAACACGAUGGUCUCCUCUGCUAACGGCACCGCCUCGACGACGUCCGAAGGCACCACAAAUGUAAACAAAACCACGAGCAGCGCGCUUCUUUCAGGUCUCACGAAUAAGCCAACGACAACGCAGAGAUCGACGGUGCCCCCUGCUGCCUCUGGCAGAGAGGGGGUGCCGGGCUGGGCCAUCGCUCUGCUGGUUCUGGCCGCGAUGGUUCUGCUGCUGCUGAUUCUGCUGCUCAUCGCACUGAUGGUUUGGUGCUGCAGAGGAAGCCCCGGCGACUCGAGUCCAUUCAGAGACGACAUCCCGCUGUACACGACUCAUGGCCGCUUCAACGGGACCAACAGGAAGCCAUACGAACAGAUCGAUAAACCGGUGAAGAGUCGGACCGGCUCGUACACUGUCAACGAAUAAAGACGGAAAUCAACUUAACAGAAAACCUCUUUUAUUUCCUGACAGAUUUUAUGAACCUAAUUCAAAUCAAUCCGAGCGGAUUGUGUUUACUGUCCUUAAAGCGGUGUCGAGCAAAAAGAGUAAAAGAGUGAUUAAAUGAAACUUUAUUGAAAACGUUUUUUAACAAUCAUCACAUUUUGAUUGUUAGACUUUGAGGAUUGCCUGAUUUAUAAUAAUGUGCUUUUCUUAUUUUGUAAUCAGAUGUAUUUAUAUUUGUACAUAAUCUUCUGUAAUUGACGCUCACUUUGUCUUGAAUAAAUAACAACAACAACAUUCUGCGGUUUCUUUGUUGUUGAAUCAGAAUCGCUGCUUUCACUCCCUGUAAUAUUCAGAGAACUGUAAUCACAUUUUGAAUCUGAUCAGAAACAAACCCUUUCCUGUCACUAAAGAAACUUUCUUAUUUUUAUCCUGUUUUUAUUUGUAGUUUUGGAGAUAUUUUUACUGCUAAUACAAUUUAAAUACUUCCAUUACUUAUUAUAUAUUUGAAUGAUGUGUGUUUCAUACUAAGCAGUGUCAGAUCAGCCCGCUGUAAGUCUCUGUAUUCAAAAACUAACGUUCAAUAAAACACUGGAAAUACAAACUGCACUCUUUA